AUGGCGGCCCUGAAUUCUCAAGGCCAUCCCAUUCACGUCGCUGCCGUCAACCACCCGACCGCCGCGGGGUCUCAUUUGGCAACUAGGCAAUCAGCGUAUUACCCCGACCACGUUGAGCCAUCUCAUGGUCGCUUUGAAGACGUGGGCGGCGCAGACUCGCAAGAUGACGAAAGUGCUCAGCUCGGCAACGACAAUGACGUUGACGAUGACUUGAGCACAACCAGUGGCAGGCGACACGGUGCACUACUUUUGCCUGAACCGGAAGACUACCUUCUUUUUAAUAGUCCUUACAUGACCCAUUGGAAUCACAAGCGGCAUCGCACCGGCGGCAAUCCUAAGCCAGUUGAUCCACGCGACUUGCCAGACUGGCGAAUGAAGGAGCGUCUUCGUACCAUUACAGCAUCCCUUGUCAUGUGCCUCAACAUCGGCGUUGAUCCUCCAGACGUAUCCAAGACGAACCCGUGCUCAAAACUCAUCUGCUGGAUGGAUCCUUCGUCGCUAGAAGUCUCCAAGGCGCUUCCUGCCAUCGGCAAAAAUCUACAAGCGCAAUUCGAGACCCUCAGCAUGAAAACUCGCUACAAGCAGUAUCUUGACCCGAUCGUGGAGGAGAUGAAGCGCAGCUGCACGUCUCAAAGGCGCUCAGCCAAGGAUGAGAGGGUGUUGUUCUACUACAGCGGCUACGGCGUCCCUAAACCCACGCCAGGCGGGGAGAUCUGGGUCUUCAACAAGGCAUACACGCAAUACAUCCCGGUGACGCUGUAUGAUCUGCAGACCUGGUUGGGCAGUCCAUGCAUCUAUGUGUGGGACGCAUCCGCCGCGGGCAACGUUGUCGUCAAUUUUAAGCGGCUACAGGAGAGAAAGCAUGCAGAAGAAGGGCGAGAUCAAGACCGAAAUCGAGAUCGCGACCGAGACCGGGAUUCGGCGCGUGGCACAGGGACAAAUGGCAGCAGCGGUGACGCGCAUUUCCCCCUGCGCGAAUCUAUCCAUCUCGCCGCCUGUGGUCCCGACGAGAUUCUUCCGAUGAACCCGGACCUGCCCGCCGACCUCUUCACUUGCUGUCUCACCUCUCCCAUUGAGAUUUCGCUGCGGUGGUUCGUGUUACAGAACCCUCUUCCGUCCAAGUUGAAUGUCGACAUGGUCAUGAACAUCCCCGGUCGCCUUCAAGAUCGUCGCACACCUCUCGGCGAGCUCAACUGGAUCUUCACAGCCAUCACCGACACCAUCGCUUGGACCGUGUUGCCGCGCGCAAUCUUCCGCAGGCUCUUCCGAGACGACCUCAUGGUGGCAGCUUUGAUGCGCAACUUUCUUCUUGCGGAGAGAAUCAUGCGCUUCUACCACUGCACACCUAUGUCACAUCCAGCCCUGCCAGAAACGCAUAACCAUCCAUUGUGGGACAGCUGGGACCUAGCAAUCGACCAGUGCCUCGCGCAGCUACCACAAUUGCUGGAGAAAGAACGCGCGCAAGUUGAAGCUGCCAAUGGCGGCCCGCCGGCUCCUCCCCACCUUUUGGCAGUCGAGUAUCGCCACUCGACGUUCUUCUCUGAGCAGCUGCAGGCAUUCGAAAUCUGGCUGAGUCAAGGCGGGGUCAGUCGCACGGGCAGGAGACGUCGGGUCAAUGCGCUGAGUACCGCGACACAGAAAAUGGAAGAGUUGGCAGAAGAAGAAGAAGCCGAGCCUGUGCGCGAUCCGCCAGAGCAACUGCCGAUCGUUUUGCAGGUCUUGCUCUCCCAAGUGCAUCGACUCCGUGCCCUCAUCCUGCUCAGCCAGUUUCUUGAUCUUGGUCCAUGGGCUGUCAAUCUCGCGCUCAGCAUCGGAAUCUUUCCGUAUGUCCUGAAGCUUUUACAAAGCCCAGCGGUGGACCUCAAGCCGGUUCUGAUCUACAUUUGGGCCAGAAUCCUCGCGGUGGACAGGAGCUGCCAGAACGACCUCCUUCGCGACAACGGCUUUGCAUACUUUGCCAGCGUCCUUUCUCCCUUUCAGCAGGAGAACGGCGGGGCAGGUGGUGUGGGUGGUGCAAUGGGCGCAGGGCUCUCCAUCCCCAACGUCUCGGAGCACCGGGCCAUGUGCGCGUUUAUUCUUUCAGUCUUUUGCUACGAUUUCCCAGCGGGUCAGCAAAUCUGUCUUGAGCAGACCGAUGUACUCGAGGCCUGCCUUGAGCAUCUGGAAGACGAUGACUUUCUGCUUCGUCAGUGGAGCGCGUUGUGCCUCGCAAGAUUGUGGGACAACUCGGAACUUGGGAAAGCCAAAGGACUUGAGAGGGACGGUCAUGGGAAGCUUUGCUGCAUGCUGAAUGAUGUCAGUCCGGAAGUUCGAUCGGCAGUGCUCUAUGCGCUCGGCACAUUGCUCGGGUGCACAAAUCAGGGCGAUGAUCUUCCCUCCUCGAAUCCGCCAUCACACUCCGCCUCUCCAUCAUCUUCAUCUCAGCACAAAUCACAAGCGAGACGAAGAGUUCCUGGCACCGGCUCCUCAACCGGAUUAGAAGAGAGUCGACAGCGUGGCGUCGAAAUUGGCAUCGCUAUCGCCAUUGUUGCUGCCAAGAACGAUUGCAGCCCCAUGGUGCGGAAGGAGCUUGUUAUUGCCCUUAGCGCUGUCGUCAAAGAUUACAAAGGUUUCUUUGCCAUGGCCGCUUACUUCUAUUAUCAACGCGAGGAGCGGUUCGCGCAAAGUGGGCUCUCAUUCUCUUCCAGCAAGCUGCCAUCGCAGGCGGAUGCUGAGAUUCCCGAGUGGCAACGGGAGGAGGAGAGUAUUCUGGGGCACAUGCUGUCGAAGCUUGCGAUAGAAGCCGAGCUUGACGAGCUCGACAUCGCAAACAUUUCAUCAUUUACAACUCUCUUUGUCGCCAUUCUCGACUUGAGCGCAGACGCCCAUUCGGAGGUAUCCAGCCUGGCUUGCACGGUUCUGGAUCAGAUCAUUGCCGUCUUGCUCGAGUGCAACCUUUCUCGCGCACCGUACGGCCUUGCUCAAACAGGAAAUGCCGAUGGAAUACUGCGUCACAUGACACCGACGACUACGACCCCGAUGGACGACUAUUUCUCUGCUCAAGUCAGGGUGCUGAAUUCCUCAGCUGUUGACCUUAACGCCCCAUGCUAUCCCGCCGUCAAUGGCCAGCAUCCAUUCAAAUCUCCGGCUCACUCUGUACGACGGAGCAUGUCAUUGGCUCAGACCAUGAAGUCCAUCGCCACUCUGGGGUACUCUCGGCCAUCUUCUCCGACCGGCUCGUCAGAUCACGAUUCAAUAUCCAGCUAUGUGGAGCGCCCCAAUAUGAGAAGCUCUGCCUAUGAGCAGCUUCAGCAUCCUGCACCUGCUGCCUCGAAUGCAGCUCAAUAUGUCUCGCCGUAUUCGAGAAUCGCCAGUCCAUUCCCAAGCGCCAAUACGCUGAGUUCCGGGCAGAACAGCCCUCGGCAGAACAGUCCGGGUCUUGCAACUCACUCAAAUGUGGUCUCGCGCUCAGCAAGCGCCGAGUCGCUCGCGCACAUUACCAGCAGACCAGAGCGGAAACGCACUGGCUACACGUCUGGGAUGGCGACUCCGUCUCCGCCUGUCUUUCCUUCACCACCAGUCCAGCAGGACGAAGUCUUAACAAACGCACGGGUUGCAGAUACGUUCGCCGCGCUGGUUGGGGCAGACCUGCACCGAUUCCGUCACCGUCACCUGGGUACUGAAGAUGAAAAUGGCAUUUCAAAUGCCGGCCACACCCCUGCCGCUUCGCCAAUGCUCUUGAGGUCCGGUCGUCCGAACAUUACGCAACUGGACACCAGCCACACGAGCGAGGUCCAGAACGUGCUGCCGCUCAGCAGUCGACUUUUCGUGUGGUGCAGUGAAUGUUACACGGAACCGCAGAUGAAGAAUGCGGAGGCCAAUGAGCCAGGCAGCAUUCGAUACAACGUGCAGACUUGGAAGAGACAACGCAAUGAGCGCAUUAUUGAAGAGGCCCAAGCACAGACAGACUACGCAUCCCACAACGCAUGGACCGAGACGGUCAGCCAGCUUCGAUCUUCCUCAAAUCCAUAUUUAAUGCUGUUCCAUCAAUUUGAAGACCACUUUGUCACCGCCACGGACACCGAUGUGGUCAACGUUUGGGACUGGAAGAAAGGGCGACUUCUGAGCAAGUUCAGUAAUGGCAACCCGCCUGGCACGCACAUCACUUCGACUCUUUUUGUCAACGAAGAUGCCGACACGCUGUUGCUGGUUGCAUCGGCGGAUGGCAAUGUCCGUCUUUAUCGUUAUUAUGACAAGAGCAUGGAGCGGGAUCUGCGUCCGGAGGUCGUGAGCGGUUUCCGCGCAUUGCCUGAACUGCUCAAGAGCUCAAGGCCAAGCGGGCUCAUUGUCGACUGGCAGCAGGUUACCGGCAAUUUGCUAGCUGCCGGCGACAGUCGAACAGUGAGAGUGUGGGAUGCGCAUCGCGAGCUCUGUGUCUGUGACAUUCCUACUAGGGCUUCAAGUCCGGUCACUUCAUUGUCCGCGGAGGUCGACAUGGGUCACAUUUUUGUCGCCGGCUUUGGAGAUGGUACUGUGGGGGUGUAUGACCGUCGCAAUCCGCCAGAUGCGGGUCUCGUUCGCUUAUGGGAGGAGCAUCAAAGCUGGAUUUCUAAGGUGCAGUUGCAGAAGCGAGGAAAUCGGGAACUGGUAUCAUGUAGCGUGGAUGGUGAAGUCAGGAUCUGGGACAUCCGUGGCCGCUCAUCGUUGUCCAAGGCAGACUUGAUGCCGGCUCUGAGAGGACGAGUGUCCUGCUUUGCAGUGCAUGAAAGGUUGCCUCUAUAUGCCGCGUAAGUGCUUCGCAGUCCUUGCAACCAUUUGAAUGACGGCUGAAGUGUGUUCAUUUUCGCAGAGCAUCUGCCCCACGCAUGACCAAGGCAGGACUGUUACCACAACGCUUCGCAAUCUUCAACAUCGACACAAUGCACACCAUCGGCAACUCGCAGCCUACUAUCCGCCCCUUUACCACCACCCCAGCAUCGUCGGGGAAUCCCAGUGCUGCGUUCGACAGCGGGGCACCGGUUCAACUACGGCCCUCUGCAUUCAGUCCGGCGUGGGGAGGAGUGGCGUUCCAUCCCCAUAUGAACAUUGUCGCGUACGGCGGCCCGGACCCUACGAUUGAGGUCAAGACUUGCCCGACUGCACUUGCCUCCCUUGGAAACGAUGCUGUUCUGACAGGAUCCAAGCCCAUUCCUAGCCUACCAUCAGGACCCAACGGUAGUUCGGGCGGAUGGCUGGGAUGGUGAGACAUUG